AUGCCUGUGGGAGGUGAUUAUGAAUCUCCUCGAAAGGAUCUUUCGAGCAAAGCACCCUCACUAUCCCCUUUACUGGAUAAUGGCAGCAAAACAAGCUUGAUUUCUCGUGUGCGACGCUCACUCUCCACGGCAUCAUCACCCAAUAAUAGUAAUCAUCAAAAACAACAUCCUAUUCAAGGAACCAUACGCAGACAAAUGUCAUCCACGUUGGCAGGUCCAAGUAAUAGCAGGUUGGCAGACUCCAUCAUUAAUAGCACCACGAGCACCAGCAACAUGGUGCAUGAGACAUUUCAGCAACAAGAUGAAAAAUCCUUGUCGAAAACAACAUCACUCGAAACCCUAUUGAAACAGCAGGACCAUUAUCACAAUGUCACAACACACACCAGCAAACGUUCACCGCCUGUGUCACCCACCAAGAUGGCAAAAUCCUCGUCUUCAUCUUCUUCAUCCACUCGCAGUAGCAGUAGGCCACAAUCACCAGCACAACGUUCAAUGGAUGAAGAACAUCAUCAUCAUGGCACCUUGUAUAUCCCAUCCAUGGCAUUUUCGAAUCGGUGGAGAAGACACUCUAACAAAAACCAACGCUUGAAAAACAUGGUGGUAUCAAAUCAAGUCUCUGUCAUGUGGGCACCAGCACCUGCCAUGUAUUGGUCACAGCCAACGGUCCAUGGUGUUGUGCCUAAACCCGUCAGAGCUCACACAAGUGUCGCUGUAAAUGAUCUCAUGUAUGUCUUUGGUGGCUCUGGAAACAAUGGUUGCUCUCACACUUUAUAUGCUUUGGAAAUGGAUACCUUCAAAUGGACAAAGCCAAGAACGUCAGGCGAGCGACCACCAGCAACGCGUGCCCACAGUAUUGUGGCACACCAUGAGAAAAUCUACACUUUUGGGGGUGGAGAUGGUUCGCAUUACACGAAUGACCUUUAUGUGCUGGACACAAAAACGAUGGUAUGGAGUAAACCCGAUACCUUAGGCCCACGCCCAUGUCCUCGACGUGCCCAUAGCAGCUUUAUAUGGCGAGACACGCUUUACAUCUUUGGCGGAGGAGAUGAUGCAAAUGCUUUGAAUGAUUUGCAUGCGCUUAAUCUUGAUGCCAUGACAUGGAUGUCUGUGGACACCAAAGGCCAAAAACCACAUCCACGAGGAUACCAUAGCGGCACGUUAGUCAUGGAUAAGUUUAUUGUAUUUGGCGGGAGUGAUGGAAACAUCUGCUUUGAUGACGUGCAUAUCCUAAACUUGGAAACAAGCACAUGGACCUGGAUCGACGCUCACGUUGCACCAGGAUUGAACAUGCUUCCUAAACGUCUAUCCCACGCUGCUGUGGGUGUUGGCUCGUACAUUUUUAUCACAGGGGGUCAUGAUGGUACACGCUAUUGUAGCGAUCUCAUUCUAUUCAAUCUUGCCACCAUGACGUGGGAGACAAGAAAAGUAUAUGGGCAGGACCCAUCAUCACGAGGAUACCAUACAGCGGUGCUCCAUGAUAGCCGGCUUUUUCUCUAUGGUGGAUAUGAUGGCAAGAAAUUUUAUAACGAAAUCGCCAUUCUCGAUCUUAGUGCAAGUGCUUACCUACCACAAAUUACUAAAUUCACUAUUGAUGUCCCAUAA